AUGCGGGAGGCGAACGCUGACGUUGUUGAGCGAGAUGUGGGAGGCGAAGCUGGAACCCGACGUUAUCAGCUACAGCGCUGUGAUCAGCGCGUGCGAGAAGGGCGAGCAGUGGCAGCGGGGGAUGGCGCUGCUGAGCGAGAUGUGGGAGGCGAAGCUGGAGCCCAACGCGAGCAGUGGCAGCGGGCGCUGGCGCUGCUGAGCGAGAUGCGGGAGGCGAAGCUGGAACCCGACGUCAUCAGCUUCAACGCUGGGAUCAGCGCGUGCGAGAAGGGCCGGCAGUGGCAGCGGGGGAUGGCGCUGCUGAGCGAGAUGUGGGAGGCGAAGCUGGAGCCCAACUCAGCUACAACGCUGGGAUCAGCGCGUGCGAGAAGGGUGAGCAGUGGCAGCGGGCGCUGGCGUUGUUGA